CACUUUUCGCAAGUCGUCCGUGUCCUCCGCCCGUCUCAAUUUGGAAGAAUUGGACAACAGCAAUACAGGUCAAACACUGCCUGGGAACCCUUCCUCGUGUUCUUUCACCGUCGGCCCCCCCUCGGAAAAGCAUACACUUAUCGCUGUCUGUAAGGUAAUCUGAUACAGGUGAGUUUGUGGGUCACCUGUUUUUUUCUGGCACAGCAGUAGGAACGUCGGCAUAUGGUUCAUUGAAUCGGCGAACGGGAGGGUGUUUACGGAAGACGACUUGUUCCCAACUUGCCUUUGUCAGUGCCAUGGCUUUGGUUGGAGUAAACAGAAUUUCUCACUCCAUUACCUGGAGUCUACAGCCACAGCACCGCACAAAACGAUAAUAUGUCAAUAACAGAAGUCGCAGUAACGGCGUCCUCCACUGACCCGGCGGUGCAUAUCUGGGACUUGCGGUCCGGAGCCGUGCUUGGGACGCUGAAGGGUAACAAGAGCAACGCAAGGGCCACGGCGACGCUGCCUCUGCCCUCGCACCUGGGAGGCGCCCUGAUCUCGUCGACGUUUUUGGCGGCGCAGAAUGAUAGGGGCUUGGUGCAUGCGUGGAAUUGGGCCAAGGCCCAGUUGUUGACAAAGUUCGUGUUGCCAGAGAACCUGACUUCUUUGGCGAUGUCAAACUCGGGAAUCUAUGCUGUUGGUGGAGGACAGUCCGGGAGAGUGUACAUAUGGCAGAUGAACACCGGCCAGCUUCUCCGAGCAUUCGACGGCCACUAUAAAGCGGUAAAAGUGAUCCGAUUCACCACCGACGAUCUAGCUUUCAUCACCGGCGGAGAGGACUCUGUCGCAAACGUUUGGCUGCUAGCCAGCACCAUCGACCCGCAAGCAGACACUGACCCCAGCCCGCACCGCUCCCUCUCGGGGCACGCACUACCCAUCACAGACAUCGCAGUCGGAGUCGGCCUCUUUGGAAGCGCACGGAUUUUCACGAGCUCGGCUGACCGAACGUGUAAAGUCUGGGAAGCCCUCAGCGGGGAUUUACUGACUACCAUUGUGUACCAUAAACCCAUCACGAGCAUCGCGCUCGAUGUCACUGAGACACGCCUGUUUGCUGGGUCGUCUGAGGGACUGAUAUAUAGGACGAAUCUGUACCAUCGGUCGGCGGGCGGGGAGGCUGUUGGUUUGAGGCAGGGCGUGGACGAUAUCCGGAGUGAUGAGAGCGUUUUGAUGGGACACUCACAGUCGAUAACGAGUCUGGCACUGUCGUUCGACGGCUCAAUCCUAUUGUCGGGUUCGAUUGACGGAACUGCAAUGGUGUGGGAUACCACCAGCAGCCAAGCGCUCCGGACCUUCUCCACCCACAAAGCCCCAGUGACAGACGUAAAGAUCCUCCUCAAACCGCCACACCUAAUGGACCCUUCCGCAUCCGCUCACAACUUCUUCCCCAUCAAGCCAUGGGCGCGCCACGUCCUGCCCGCCGGGGAAGUGCGCCACGAUCCCAGUGUCGAGCUUCCGACCCUUGCUGGCGAUUUGACUUCUACCUCCCACCCAACAACCACCCUCCAACCCACCUUCCUUACCUCCAUCUCCGACAAGCUCCGCACCCUCGACUCCACCCCCUCGGAAUCGGCCCUGGAAACCGCCCACGCGAAACUGCAGCAGCAGGUGCAACAGCUCCAGCAGCAGAACGAGCAGUUGGUUGGCAUCAACGAUGAGCUGUACCAGGGCGCUGUAACUGUGCUGAUGCGGGAUUUGGCGUAGCGGACCGAAACGGAGGAUUUGGCCUUGGAGCUGGGUUCUCACAGUGUACAAUCAUUCGACCGGGUCGGGCCUCUUCGGCACACACGAGCAACACCCAUCCCGUCAGGCUUCUAAGCCGGAAGGAAGCUCCACACAUGUAAAUAUCAAUGUGAAGAACACGGUACCGACAAAAGUCAGCUGCGGGCAUAUGGGAUCGCACAGAGUAUCCGAAUCGGCAUGAACUAGUGGCACACUAUGUAGACUGAUAGGUCGUAUAUAUAGCGUUCAGUCGGCAAUCCGUCAUUAUGAUAGAGCGUAUAGCACAGGACAACCUAACUUAAUAUCUAAAAUCUCGCAUCAUCCAUCAUCCUCAAAUCAAAAAG